AUGGGUUGUGUCACCCCCGCAAAUUCAAAUUAUCGUUGCCAAUGGAAGAAAACCGGGAAGAAUUCAUACUUAUUCCUGAAAGAGAAUACCCGUCACUGUCUGACAAGGAAACCAAAAGUUAUUUACUGAAAUGGCAAAUUGAGUUUGAAGUGUUUAUCAUUCAACCACAGGUCUAUGAAGGGUAGACUUAAAGUAGUAACAUUUACUUUUGACCACAUGUUUGCGCCAUAUAAGGCCGAUUCAUUUUUCAUGAAGUUUCUCAACACCUCCAUGGUGCAACAAGUAUUGUCGAUUUCUCCAGCUUCAAUCAAUGUGAAAAUAAAGAGUGUCAGAUGUACUUUAACAAAUAUGGAUAUAUUCCAUAAGCUUUCGAGUCUGACCUAUGAGUCUGGGAAGAUUAGAAAAUGUAUGGAUGAAAUUUUUGAAACAAUCCUUAUUUCUGAUAAGUUAAGAGAAUGUCUGCUGCUCGAAGAUUCACCAGAUUACUGCCUUUUUACAGAAAAAGAGAGGGAUGAGUUUUUGUUUCGUUUGUUCAAGCACAUUUGUAUUGGAGGUGAGGUCUGUCAACAAGAGGAUGAGAUAAAGCCAUAUAUCGAUAUAACACGUAAAAUUUACAGAGAUUUGAUAAGGUACGCAACCAUAAUUUUGUUUACUUGUUUGUGCUAGUGUUCAGAAAAACCCGGUAUCGAAAAUGAUUGAAAUUAUAUCCCAUGUAUACGAAAUCCAGGCGAAUGAUGGUCAAAACCUGGUAUUUCCUUCUGAUAAAGAACACCUGAAUACAUUCGCCUACGCAAUUGUCGAUCCUUUAAAAAGAAACCUAAUCCUGUUUUAUCAUACAUUUGGCUGUGGGGAAAUGUAUUGAUGUAAAGCAUUUUACUCCUAAAAGAGUUAAAGUUGUGUAUAAUGGAU